AUGUCGGAAUUCGAGUUCACACCAAUUGAGAAGGCUUUAGCAGAUUUCAAGAAGGGGGGGUUUGUGGUGGUCAUGGACAAUGAGGAUAGAGAGAACGAAGGUGACAUUAUUGUAGCAGCAGAAUGGGUGACUCAGGAAAAGAUGGCUUUCUUAGUUAGACAUUCUUCCGGAUACGUUUGCCUACCUGUCUCUGAAGAAAUAGCCGAUAAGCUUGACUUACCUUUGAUGAGCACACAUAGUACCGAUCGUCAUGGUACCGCAUACACUAUUACUGCUGAUGCUAAGGAGGGGACCACUACGGGUAUUUCUGCCCACGAUAGAGCUCUUACUGCCAAUGCCAUUGCCAAUCCGGAUUCUAAGCCGGCUGACUUUCUUAAGCCUGGUCAUUGCUUACCAUUGAGAGCCAAGAAAGGAUUACUAAGGAGCAGACAGGGUCAUACUGAAGCCGGUGUUCAACUCUGCCAGUUGACUGGCCUUCAACCUGCAGCCGCCAUUUGUGAACUUGUAAGAGAUGAGGACGGUUUGAUGAUGAGAUUACCUGACACACAUGCUUUCUGCAAAAAGUACAAUGUGGAUCUAAUUACUAUCCCGCAAAUCACCAAAUACAUGGAUGAGCACAAUCUAUAG